CCGUCCCCCGCCGGCUAGGUGAAGGUGAGAGUCUCCUCCAGCCCGCCCGACUAGACGGAACGCAGCGGCUCAAGGCCCACGGUGGAAGUUCUUCGUCGACUCGAGCUCUCUCGCUAUGGCGCCUCCAUCAGUCUUUGCCGAGGUUCCGCAGGCCCAGCCGGUCCUCGUCUUUAAGCUCACUGCUGACUUCCGCGAGGAUCCGGACCCCCGCAAGGUCAACCUGGGAGUGGGAGCGUAUCGCACGGAUGACUGCCAGCCCUGGGUUUUGCCUGUAGUGAAGAAGGUGGAGCAGAAGCUUGCUAACGACAGUAGCCUUAACCACGAGUACCUGCCAAUCCUGGGCCUACCAGACUUCCGGACCCAUGCGUCCCGCGUUGCCCUGGGGGAUGACAGCCCAGCUAUCCGGGAGAAGCGGGUAGGAGGUGUGCAGGCUUUGGGGGGAACAGGUGCCCUUCGAAUCGGAGCUGAGUUCUUGGCGCGAUGGUACAACGGAACAAACAAUAAGGAUACACCUGUCUACGUAUCCUCACCAACCUGGGAGAAUCAUAAUGGUGUAUUUUCUGCCGCUGGAUUUAAAGACAUUCGGUCCUAUCACUAUUGGGAUGCAGCGAAGAGAGGACUUGACCUCCAGGGUUUCCUGAACGAUCUGGAGAGUGCUCCUGAGUUUUCCAUCUUUGUCCUCCAUGCCUGUGCACACAACCCAACUGGGACCGACCCAACUCAGGAGCAGUGGAAGCAGAUCGCAUCCGUCAUGAAGCGCCGGUUUCUGUUCCCCUUCUUUGACUCAGCCUAUCAGGGCUUCGCCUCUGGAGACCUAGAGAAAGACGCCUGGGCCGUUCGUUAUUUUGUGUCUGAAGGAUUCGAGCUCUUCUGUGCUCAGUCCUUCUCCAAGAACUUCGGGCUCUACAAUGAGCGAGUGGGGAACCUGACCGUGGUUGUAAGAGAACCGGAUAGCAUCCUGCGGGUCCUUUCCCAGAUGGAGAAGAUUGUGCGAAUCACUUGGUCCAAUCCCCCUGCUCAGGGAGCACGCAUCGUGGCCACUACGCUCUCUAACCCUGAGCUCUUUAAGGAAUGGACAGGUAACGUGAAGACGAUGGCCGACCGGAUUCUGACCAUGAGAGCUCAACUCAGGGCACGACUGGAAGCCCUCAAGACCCCUGGAACCUGGAACCACAUCACUGAGCAAAUUGGAAUGUUCAGCUUCACUGGGUUGAACCCCAAGCAGGUUGAAUAUCUGAUCAAUGAAAAGCACAUCUAUCUGCUGCCAAGUGGUCGGAUCAACAUGUGUGGCUUAACCACCAAAAAUCUAGAUUAUGUGGCCACUUCCAUCCAUGAAGCAGUCACCAAAAUCCAGUGAAGAAGCACCACGCCAACAGCACCACCAAAGCGGCCCUCUGUCGUGUGUGUCCUCUGCCUGCACAAACCUACUUGUACAUAUCACCGAUUAGAGACUAUUGAAGGACUGAAAAAGGCUGCUCUGGUGUGGAGGCGUGGCCGCUGUUCCAACUGGCCCCACGUGAAAGAAUAUCCCCUGAGAAGAAAUGUGGGCCUGGGAUUAGAGCCCUUUUAGAGGCCAGAGCAAAUUACGGUUUCUAUUUAAGAAGAAUAAAAAGAUACUUUGAUCAUAAGCCGUAGAUAUCUUGGCCCCUCGCUAGAAGCAGGAGUGUUGCCUGUGUCGCUUGUGUGAUUCCUUGUGUUCCUUGACUCUGUACAAAGUCUAGUCCCAAAGAUGAGGUUGUCUGAAGAGUCAAGUGUGAUUGUGGGUUUUGGCUGUGUCUCCAUCCGGUGUCCUGUCUCCCUGCUCUUUCUGCAUGGUUGUAUCCCUAGCCCUAAGCUUUCAUUCUUUAGGGUGACCAAGGAAAGAAAUAUAUUUACAUCACACACACACACACACACACACACACACACACACACACACAUUCUGAAACAGAAGUUUCACAGGACAGUAUUUGCCCUUGCUAUGUGUAGUGCUUUCUGAUAUUUUCUAGUCGACUCUAUUCUACUGUGUCCUAUUUCACUAAAGAAAUAAAAGUGCUGCUUGAGACCUAUGGAA